AUGGGGACCCGCGGCGCCGCUGCCUUGCUCCUCCUUAUCUUCUCCGCAUCCGCAUUGCCUUCCAACUACUCCUCUUCUUCAAGAAGCUCCUCGAUGCUGGCGGCGCUUCUGGACUCUCCGUACACGGAGCUGGCGGAGCUGGUGGAGAAGGCCCUCCUCCUCCCGGAGCUGGAGGCCCUGGUGGGCAAGCACAACCUCACCAUCUUCGCCCCUCUGAACGAGGUCCUCCACCCCGAGCUCCGCCGCUUCCUCCUCCAGCUCGGCAACCUCCCGUGCCUCCGCGCCCUCCUCCUCUCCCACCUCCUCCCCCUCCGCCUCCCCUCCGCCGCCUGGCCCACCGGCGCCGGCGCCGUCCCCCUCCUCUCCCUCAACCCCUCCCACCGCCUCCUCCUCAGCCGCCGCCGCCGCCGCCUCCUCCUCGUCGACCUCGCCGCCGUCGUUCUCCCCGACGCCUUCCUUCUCCCCGAUGGCGUCAUCCACGGCCUCGACCGCCUCCUCGUCCCCCUUUCCGUCCAGCAAGCCUUCAACCGCCGCCGCUGCCAGCGAUGCCCAUCUCCUCCUCCACGUCCGCCGCCGCCGCCGCUCUGGUGGUGACUCCGUCGCCGGCGCCGGGGCCGGCUAAGGGCGGCGGCAACAGGUGGAGCGGGAGGCGGCGGGUGAGGAGCUUCAUGGAUGCGCUGGUGCAGUACGGGGGUUACGGGGAGAUGGCGGACGUGCUGGUGAACCUGACGGCGGUGGCGGCGGAGAUGGGUCGGCUGGUGGCGGAGGGGUACGUGCUGACGGUGCUGGUCCCCAGCGACGAGGCGAUGGGGAGGGUCGCCGCCGGCGAGCGACUGAGCGAGGCCGGCGCGCCGGAGAAGAUGGUGUACUACCACCUGAUAGCGGAGUACCAGACGGAGGAGAGCAUGUACACCGCCGUGCGCCGGUGGGGGAAGGUGAGCUACGAGACGCUGCGGGUACCUUACCGGGUGUCAGCGCGGGAGGCCGACGGCUCCGUGAAGUUUGGAGGGGGCGGGGGAGCCGCCUACCUCGUUGGCCCGGACAUCUACACCGACGGAAGGAUCUCCGUGCAGGGCAUUGACGCUGUGCUCUUCCCCCCGCCGGAGGAGGAACGGCCUCAGGCGGCGGCGGCGAAACCCGCCGUCAAGGCAAGGAGAGAUCAGUCAGCGAGCAGUAUCCUCGUUAAUCCCUCUCUUCCCUUCCCUUCCCUUCCCUUCCGCUCUCUGCAUGCAUGCUCUGGCAUCUUCUUUUUUUUUUGCUUGAAGAUUUCUGUUUUUCCUUAAAAAAGUCAACUUUUUUCAGAGCUCUUGGCGUAUCAUCUCCGGGUUCUGCAUAUUUUUUGGUCUCUCGGCGUAUCAAUUCUUUUUAGUUCUUUUCCGAAGGAUAAAUGACCAGUUUGGGAUGUUCUUCGCUCACAAUUGCUCUGGGUUGGGAUGAUGAUCCGAUUCAGUGGGAGUCCCUAGUCACUGUUUCUGGUUUUCUUCGGGGAGGACGAGUGGAACAAGAGAGUGGGGGCUCUUUGCCAUUGUUUCUGGUUUAGGGUUCUUAUUUUCUUGAAGAAGGAAGGCUGGGGCCGACCCUUGGUCUCUCUCUCUCUCUCUCUCCUCUGGUGCAACCGCCCUCAGUUCCCCAUCGCCGUGGAAACCUCCGGAUCAUGCGGGGGGAGAAGAACCCCGCCAGUUCUCAUAAAACCCUCGAGCCGUUGACUCAAUUCCACCUCUCCCUUUCUUCUCUCUCUCUCUCUCUCUUUCUCUCUCUCUCUCUCUCUCUCUCUCUCUUUAUGGGAGCUCUUACGGUGGACUCUCUGCGGCAGGGAGGUUGAUGGAGGCGGCCUGCGGAGUGUUUGCCGCGGUGGGGUGGCGGUGGAGUUUCAGCGCCUGCCGAUGA